UAUACAGGCUUUAAAUCUGCUUUUACUAUGCACGUGGAAGCUGGGCAUUCGGCAGUUCCUGAGGAAGGACCCAAAGACCUUCGCUGUCCUCUUUGCCUAUAUCACACCAAAUACAAACGUAACAUGAUUGAUCAUAUAGUUCUGCACAGAGAAGAGCGGGUUGUUCCCAUUGAAGUCUGCCGUUCCAAACUGUCAAAAUACUUGCAGGGAGUUGUUUUCCGCUGUGAUAAGUGUACCUUUACCUGCUCCAGUGAUGAGAGCUUGCAGCAGCACAUAGAGAAGCACAAUGAACUGAAACCUUACAAAUGCCAGCUCUGCUACUAUGAGACCAAACACACAGAGGAGCUGGACGCUCAUCUUCGAGAUGAGCACAAGGUGAGUCGUAAUUUUGAGCUGGUUGGACGGGUUAACUUGGAUCAGCUGGAACAAAUGAAGGGAAAAACAGAGAGCUCCAGCAGCGAUGAGGAAGAAAAAGAGUUAAGCCCCAAGACUGAAGAGAGAGAUUCCAUGAUGUUUCCUGACAGCAAAGCUCCAGAGAAGCGCUUUCCAUGCGAGUUCUGCGGCCGAUCGUUUACAGAGGGCUCUGAGUGGGAACGACAUGUGCUGAGGCAUGGCAUGGCUCUGAAUGAAAGUAAGCGAGGGAUCAGAGAGGACAGCAAGCUGAAGGAGAGCACAGAAGAGAUUGUUAAUACACUGCUAGUAGAAGAAAAGGAAAGCAUUGAGAAAAUGGUGGUGGACUUUUCCCAAAAAAAUGAAACUGCAGUCAGUGUUGUAGCUGCUGACAAACCUCUCCAAGAGAACUCGGAGGCCAAAAAUGAAUAAGCAUUUGAUGUGAUUUUAAUUAACUUACUUGAACAAUGAUGAAUGGGGUUGGGUGGGGUGGGCAGAAGGAAGAAACAAAGCUGCUUUUAGGACUGAAUGAUCUAUUUUCAAAGCACUGGUACCUGUGUGAGUGUGUGUAUAUUAAAGUUAUUUAAAUGAUGGAAUAAGUGGCUCCAUUACAUCACUGCAUCUUUUCUUCCGGAUCAUGACAAUGAGAAGUUACAUCAUCUUGGACUAAUGAAGCAACUCCCUGUGUCUCUACAUUACACAGUGCGCUUUGCAGUGGAGACUUGAAUUGAUUGCAAACAGAAGCAUCAGGAGCGUGUGGGGGGUUACUUGGCAACGCACAAAUUUGAGUGCAUUUUUCUAAUUUGAAUACAUUAUGAUUUUCCAGACUGAAUGCAACUGCUUUAGAAAAGAAAACAAAAAAAACCCAGAAACUGCUUUGCUUAAAACAGCCACCUGUUUCCUAGUACCUCAAAAUUAAUGAAGGGAGAUCUCUGCAUUUGUCAGUACUGCCUGUUGUCAUUGUGAUUAAAUGUAGAGAGACUGGUGGACAAGGUGGUGAAUGGAGAAAGAAAAAAGUUUUAAAGAAAGGAAAACAAAUUGUGCUUAAAAUCCCACUGUGGGUUUUAUUUCUUAAAAUACUGUGAUUUUUUUUUAAUUAUUUUAGUAAAAAAAAAAAAAAAAUAGAGAGAGAGAGACUGACUUUAAUUUCUAGAUAACUGUUUGUGAAUUGCCAUCCUUUAUUCCAGGUAAGCUGUUUGUUAGUAUUCAACUAUAAUUUUAGGAUUUGAUAGAUUUCAUGUGACUAUGUGGUUUUGUUUGCCAUAUGUUUAUUUCUUAUCAACCUGAGGUGUUACAGAAACAACACAAUUAACUUUCUCAUGUAAAAUUAGUUGCUUUUUUUUUUUUCCAAAAGGGAGGGGGACAGGGAAAAGAGUUCUUGUGAAUAUAAUUUUUCUAAAUGUUAAACAUGCAGAAAUAACAAGUUUUAAUUUUUUUUAACUAAAGAAACAAACUUACGACGCGGCUAUGCAGCUUGUGGGCCAAACAUGUUGGUCCCCAUAACUGUUCUGUUGCUUGUUAUAUUAACAUCUAUCUGUCUUGCACCAGUAACUUUCUGUUAAGAUUGCUGCUGCGCAGCCCCCCCCACACACUGUGGUGUGUGUGUGUGCACGCGCACACUCUUUUUGGUAUGGUGGGAGGGAGUGAUGUCUGUUCUUGCAUCUUUUUGCAAGCAGAGGUGAAAUAGUUACAUACUACAUUGAGCCUGGAGAAUUAUUCUUACUUGAUUCAAGAUGAGAGUUGUUAUUUUUUUUCCCCCCUACUCCUUAGCUUUUAGCAUGAGGGGAGCAGUAUAGAAUGAAUAGGAACCUACAUACCUAGUGGCUGAUCCUGCACUUUUUCUUGGGUGGAAAGCCUACCAAACUCAACAGGACUUUUGCCUGAGCAAGGAAUACAGGAUCUAGUGCCCACGGUUAUGUUCUGAUUGCGAACAAAAAAAGUUUCUUUCCAAAAAGUAGAAAGUACUUGACUGAAACCUAGUUUUAGAAAUGCAUGUGUCUUUGUUUUGGUUCGGUUUUGGGGGAGGGGGGACAGACAGACAGACAGACAGGAAGUUGCUGAGGAUAUGGUGUCCCAGACAGCUUCAUAUAAAAUUGAUGGCAAAAAUUGCAUUUGUUGAAUAAGUGCUACUUGAAGCAUGAUGUUUUGCUUUUAAAGAUUCAUCAGUCGUGGAUUUGCAGGAUUUUUUGGUUUU